AUGAUGGCGAAGAGGAAGAUCACCCUCUCUUUGUGUACUCUGGUUCUCACUCUAUCGGCGGUCUCUUUGGCAUUUGCAGUCAGAGUAGUGCCUCUCACGCAACCCCAUGAGAAACCCACUUUUUUAAGACCAACAUUCAAUCGCAUUUUUGAUACUUCCAUGUAUGGGAUUUUGCAACUUGACAACGGUUUGGCUCAAACGCCUCAGAUGGGGUGGAACAGCUGGAAUUUCUUUGCCUGCAAUAUCAAUGAAACCGUGAUCAAGGAAACUGCUGAUGCACUCGUCUCAACUGGCUUAGCAGAUUUAGGCUAUGUGUAUGUCAAUAUAGAUGAUUGCUGGUGUCAAACACGAAAUUCGGAGGGUCAACUGGUCCCUGAUCCUAAAACAUUUCCGUCAGGAAUUAAAGCUCUUGCCGAGUAUAUACACGGAAAAGGACUCAAGCUUGGAAUUUAUUCUGAUGCUGGGGUUUUUACAUGUCAAGUUCGACCAGGAUCACUUUAUCAUGAAAAUGAUGAUGCAAAGCUGUUUGCUUCUUGGGAUGUGGACUAUUUGAAAUAUGACAACUGUUACAAUUUGGGCAUCCCGCCAAAAGAACGAUACCCCCCAAUGCGCGAGGCCCUAAAUUCAUCUGGACGCACAAUUUUCUAUUCAAUCUGUGAAUGGGGUGUUGACGACCCGGCUUUAUGGGCGGGCAAGGUUGGAAAUAGUUGGCGUACAACAGUUGAUAUCAAUGAUUCUUGGGCAAGCAUGACAACAAUUGCUGAUUUGAAUGACAAGUGGGCGGCGUAUGCAGGACCUGGUGGAUGGAAUGAUCCUGAUAUGUUGGAAGUUGGCAAUGGAGGCAUGAGUUACCAGGAGUACCGUGCUCAUUUUAGCAUCUGGGCUUUGAUGAAGGCCCCUCUUUUGGUUGGUUGCGAUGUAAGAAACAUGACCGCAGAAACAUUUGAGAUUCUAAGCAACGAGGAGGUUAUUGCUGUAAACCAAGAUCCACUUGGAGUUCAGGGAAGGAAAGUUAGUGUUUCUGGAACAGAUGGUUGCUAUCAGGUCUGGGCAGGUACUCUAUCCGGACAUCGGCUGACCGUUGCUCUUUGGAAUCGGUGCUCAAAAGCAAAGACUAUAACAGUUACUUGGGAAGCACUUGGACUCCAAUCCAGCAUUAGCGUCUCCAUAAGAGAUUUGUGGGAGCACAAAGAAGUAGCGGUUGAUGCUGUAUCUUCGUUCAGUGCUCGAGUUGAUGCUCAUGACUGUCGGAUGUACAUUUUUACUCCCCAGACUCCCGCUCAGAAAUAUAGCUCAGCCUUUACUUAA